UCAUAACUGUCCUGCUUGAGAGUUUAUGCAAGGAGUUUCCUCCUCUGGUUCAGCCACAGUGCAAUAAGUUGGUUGGAAAAUACGUCCAGAUGUUGGUUGACAUGCUGCUAAACAACACCUCUCCUAACUUCAUAUGCACUCUGCUCCGUCUUUGUGAAAUAUCUGAGCGUCAGAUCAACAUUCCUGCACUUUCUAACUGCGAUUCCUGUCUUACACUGGCGGUUCUUACUCAAAUGCAUCUGGGCUCCAAUGCCACUGAGCGCCAGGCUGCUUCUUUCCUGGACACUGUCUGCCAGAUCAACCCCAGCGCCAUGCCAAAGUGUGAGACUUACAUUCAGCGUAAUGGAAAACAGCUCAGUCUGUUUCUGAGCAAACAGCAGGGGGCGCUGGACACUUGCAAGAGUGCAAAUUUGUGCCCUUCUGAUGAUAAGGAUUCUGUGAUUUCCGCUGACCCCUGUAGUCUCGGACCAAAAUACAGCUGCAGAGACCUCCAGACUGCUGUCAAGUGUGAGGCAGUUUCCUUCUGCCAGAAGAAUGUGUGGGCAUGAAUCUGUUUCAGCUGUGCUUACUAGAGAAACAGAGUCUUUCCAGCGUGUGUGUUCUAACAGCAUCUUUGCAUUAAUAAUGUAACCCUUCUGAAAGGCUGAUGGACUCAUUGGACCAACUCUAC